UGCAGCUCCAGCUUCACGGCUCGGUACCGAGAGAAGGGUAGUCGGUGCGGGUGGGAGAUGGACUGAGUUAGGGCGCUCUUCCGACUAGCGAAGCUGAGUGCGUUGAAAUACACACAGCUCGGCUGAAAUCAUUGGCGAUUGCUGGUGACUGAAACCACACGAAAACAUAGUACCUUUGCCAAUCUUUCACAUCCCACUCCAAACACACUAACACGGCAUUGAUGGUAAUGUAUGCAGGGAAACAACCGAGACUCGGCGAUGGGUGCGACCGAAGAGAUUCCCAGCCCUAUCAGACUCUCAAAUACCCAUCCAAGCGCCAUCCAGGGGGGGACCACCGCCAUGAGAAGAUGCGAGACACCGCCGACAUCACUCCCCCCUGCAAAAUGCUCAGGCGCUCAGACAGCCCUGAAAACAAACACAUCGACACCACUGGCCACAGCAGAGCGAAGGCUGUCCACACGCACCGCGGCAGAGACCGGGAUGGAGGGACCAGUUUUUCUCCACAAGAAAACAACCACAGCUCUCUGCACAACUCCAACCAUUCUAAUCCCAGCAAGACAUCAGACACACCUUAUGAGCCCGGGGAUGACUGGUCCGAACACAUCAGCUCCUCUGGGAAGAAGUACUACUACAACUGCAGGACAGAGGUGUCCCAGUGGGAGAAGCCCAAAGACUGGCUGGAGAGAGAGCAGAGGCAAAAAGAGCCCUCGAAGACUACGGUUGUCAAUACUUUCCCCAAAGACAGGGACUACAGGCGGGAGGCCAUGCAGGCCUCGGCGGCCACUGGUUUUACUGGUGCUAAGUCGAGCCAUGCGGAGAAGCCCGCGACGGCCCCCUCCGGCCAGUCAUCGUCGGGGUCCGGGGCCCUGAACUCGUCUUCGUCGUCGUCGUCCGGGCCCCCUGGCUCUUCGGCGUCUACCACGGUGCCCGUGUCCCCGGUGCUCCAGUCCCCCACCACCACGCUGCUCCAGGACCCCAGCCUGCUCCGCCAGCUCCUCCCCGCACUUCAGACGGCGCUGCAGCUCAACAACGCCAGCGUGGACAUGGCCAAAAUCAACGAAGUUCUCACCGCUGCGGUCACUCAAGCAUCUUUACAGUCAAUGCUCCACAAGAUCCUCACCGCAGGCCCCUCUGCGUUCAACAUCACUACUCUCCUCUCACAAGCUGCUCAGCUCUCCAGCCAAGGUGAGGCCUCAAACCCAACAUCAAACCAAACCCAUGCUCUAUGUUGCACUGCAUUAGAUGCAAACUAACAAGCCCAGUGUUUCUAGCAUCAGUGAUGAGCUGUGUGUGUGGUUGAGGUUGACUAUGUUGAUGUGCACAACACAUGCACCUUGCUGAUGUGGACCGGUGCGACGCUGAUGUGCUCGUUGCUGGCGUGGUCACCGCCGAUGUGCGUGAGCACGGUUGUUGUUUUUUGUGAUCAAUGAUUCAAGUAGGGCUCUGGUACUUGGCAACAAAUGUUCUCAUAUAAUGGUACCACAAUAUUUCAUUACAAAAAAUGGCAUGCAAGGACACUAAUAUGUUCCAAAUUUCUUUGUAAUGUUAACACAAAUCCAGUGUUUCAUAAUGCUGUUGCUUCUGUUCUACGCUUUCCAUUAUAUCAUGUGUUUUACCUUCUCACUUUUAUGAUUGAAGUUUAAUCUAAAG